CCAGUGAUUUUCUAUCUCAUCAUUGAGAAUGUGGUGCGGCUCCCUGUCGAUUGUGUGUCUCCUGCUCGGAAUUUCCGAGGCCCGCAAAGGAUUUGGGCCUGGCGAGCAGGACUGGGGUUACGUGGACGUCCGCGAUGGGGCCCACAUGUUCUACUGGCUAUACUACACCACUGCCAACGUGAGCAGUUAUACUGAUCGACCGCUGGUCCUAUGGCUCCAGGGCGGACCUGGUGGCUCCUCCACGACCCUAGGAAACUUCCAGGAACUAGGACCCGUGGACAAGAAUGGCGAGCCGAGAGAGGGGAACUGGGUACAGCAUGUCAACGUGCUGUUUAUUGACAAUCCCGUGGGAUCGGGGUUUAGCUAUGCGGAUAACACCAGUCUGCUGGUUAGCAACAAUUUAGAGCUUAUCGACGACCUCAUGAGCUUCAUGUUGCACUUCUAUAAGUUGCACAAAGAGUUCAAGACUGUCCCCCUCCACAUUUUCUCGGAGAGCUAUGGUGGUAAAAUGGCCCCCGCCCUGGCCAUCCGGCUUGAUGCAGCCAUGAAGGCCGGUGAGCUGGCGCAGCCCGGUACUCUCAAGUCAGUGACUAUCGGCAAUCCCUGGAUAUCAACUCGGCCCAUCAGCCGGGAGCACUCCAAGUAUAUGUUUGUUAAUGGUUUGAUCGAUGAGGAUGGCGUGGCACUUCUCGAUGCCCAGGAGGAACGAAUCUUAAGUGCGCUAAAGGAACACGAGUUUAAUAAGGCCACUGAUGAGUAUUUAAAGUGGUAUGCACUCAUGCAGCAGCUGACUGGAGAGAUCUACCUUUACAACACACAGACCCAUCUGGAUCCUUCAGAGGACAGAACCUACGGCUACGGAGAUGAUUUCAUCGACUUUAUAGUGGGAAAUGUGAGUGAGGCCCUGCAGAUCAACGGCACUGUUUUUGCUUCACAGGUUAUGGCAGUGUUAUCUAGCCUUCACGGAGAUCGCCUCAAAUCGGAAAUUAAUACGAUACCCCGCCUGCUGAACGAGACCUCCGUUAAGAUCAAUAUUUAUUCUGGCCAGUUGGACAUUUUAGUGCCCACCACAGCCACAUUGGCUCUGAUCAAGGACUGGGUAUGGAGUAACAAGUCGGAAUAUCUGCAGGCCAAUCGCACAGCCAUCACAAUUAAAGGCAUACUGCAGGGUUACGAAAAGGUCGGAGGAAACUUCGGCAUGUACUGGAUAAAUCGGUCGGGCCACAUGGCCCCCUUAGAUAAUCCUGUUGCCAUGCAGUACGUCCUCAAAUCCGUUACUCAGUAUGACAGCGACUACACCGAAUAAUUUAAUAAGUAACCUAACCCACAUCGAAUAAAACAUUUCAUCCAUA